UCUAAAAGGCAUAGAGUGGUCUAGUUGUGCCUUGCCAGACCUCACUAGCCCAUACUUUCUUCUUUGUUUCUCCACUAGAGUAUGGGAAACUUUUGCUCCGUCUCUCUCUCAAUCGAUAACUUGAUCCCUCGCUGCUUUGAUUGCACAGCUGCACAAGUCAAUUCUUUCAGAAGACUUGAUGAUUGGUUGGCUAAUUUAAGGACUGCGUUGGAAGAACUGAAGCAGUUGAGGAACGAUGUGAAGACAGAGGUUGAUGUUGCCGAGAGGCAACCAAUGAUGAAGCGGCUGGAGCAAGUACAAGGGUGGCUUUUACAGGUGGAAUCCAUGGAAACUGAAGUAAAUAAGCUGAUAGCAAAUGGCAGUCAAGAGAUUGACAAGAAUUGCUACAAUAGGUACAAGUUGGGGAAGAAAGUGGCCAAAAAGAUAAAAGAUGUGGCUGCUUUGAAGAGCAAAGGAGAUUUUGAAGUGGUGGCUAAGAGGUUACCUUCAGAUAUAGUUGAUAUAAGACCCAGCGAACCAACUGUGGGCACGGAAUCGAAUUUUAGCAAGAUCUGGGGGCACCUCCAAGAAGAACAUGUGGGAAUUAUUGGGAUAUAUGGGUUAGGAGGAGUUGGGAAGACCACUCUGAUGACCCAAAUUAACAACAAGUUUGCCAGCCCAACUAAUGAUUUUGAUGUUGUGAUAUGGGUAACGGUGUCUAGUACUGUAGAUAUGGAUAAAGUUCAGGAUGACAUCGGGAAAACAAUAGGGCUUCAUAACGAAACAUGGAACAAUAAAAGCCUAGAUGAGAAAGCUAUACAAAUAUAUGGAGUGUUGAGCAAAAAGAAGUUUGUUUUAUUGUUGGACGAUAUAUGGGAGAGUCUUAAUCUCUCACAGGUUGGGAUUCCAAUUCCAAACGAGCAAAAUAAGUGCAAGGUAGCAUUCACAACACGCUCUGAGGAAGUGUGCGGCAAAAUGGAUGCUCAAAAAAAGGUUAAAGUCGAGUGUUUGCCAUGGGAAAAGGCUUGGGAUUUGUUUCAAAAGAAAAUUGGUGACGAGACCCUUAAAUCAGAUCCAGCCAUACCCGGGUUAGCUGAACUUGUUGCCAAAGAAUGUGGAGGUUUGCCACUUGCACUGAUUACUGUAGGUAGAGCCAUGGCUUACAAGCAAACACCGCAAGCGUGGAAGCAUGCUAUUAAAGUGUUGAAGAACUAUGCCGUGCGAUUUCCAGGUAUGGAAACAAAGGUGUUUUGUCCUCUACAUUUAAGUUAUGACAGUCUACCUAGCGACACAGUGAAGUCUUGUUUCGUAUAUUGCUCUUUAUACCCUGAAGACUCGCUUAUUCUUAUAGAGGACUUGAUAAACAAAUGGAUUGGUGAGGGAUUCUUAAAUGAAUGGAAUGACAAUGAAGAUGGAGCUGAAAAUCAAGGGUAUGACAAUAUUGACACUCUUCUUCAAGCAUGUUUGCUGGAAAAGAUAUCUAGUGACAAAGUAAAAAUGCAUGACGUGAUACGUGAGAUGGCAUUGUGGAUAGGUCGUGAAUAUGAGAAGCAGACCGACAAGUUUUUGGUGCGAGCAGGUGGGAGGGAGACUAAAGCACCAGAAGUUUCAAAAUGGAAAGAGGUAAAGAGGAUGUCUUUGAUGGUAAAUAAAAUUGAGAGACUAAUAGGAACACCAAUAUGCCCUCAGCUCACAACUUUGCUUCUAAAUGAAAAUUCUUUGAAGAUGAUCAGUAGUGGCUUCUUCCAAUAUAUGCAUGCUCUCAAAGUUCUAGACCUGUCAAUGAAUAGAAGUCUAGUUGAUUUACCAUUGGAAAUUGGUGAAUUGACUUCAUUGGAGUAUCUUAAUAUAUCUUGCACAAAAAUAAGUCGGUUACCAGUUCAGCUCCAAAACUUGGUAAAUUUAAAAAUUUUGGAUAUGGAUUAUACAAAAUGUGAUCAAACUUCAAUACAAGUGAUAUCAGGUCUAUCAUCCUUGCAAGUGUUGAAGAUGAUUGACAGUGUUUUCAUCAACAAUGAAGCUUUGGUAGAGAAAUUGGAUGCUUUGAAAUUCUUAUAUUAUUUGAGUAUGACAAUGGGAAAUGCCUUUGUUUUCCAAGGACUUAAAAAGUGCCACAAGUUACAGAGCUGCAUUCGAUAUUUAAGGUUGCAAUUUUUCAGUCGUUGCAUCACUUUCAAUAUAUCUUCUCUGCAAUUUCUGAAGUGUCUAAAUUACCUUAAUGUCUCGAAUUGGGAUGAUUGUGAAGAUUGGGUGAUUGAUUGGACUGUAGAAGGAAAGGAGAUAGAAACUAGUAAUAAUCCUCUCGACUCUCAUAUCAAGAACCCACCAAGCUUCCACAGCCUUCGUACAGUAAUUAUUAUGGGAUGCCGAAGGUUGAAAAACGUAAAAUGGCUUCUCUAUGCUCCAAACCUCGUGUAUCUUGAGAUAAUGGAUUGUUCUAAGAUGGAAGAAGUAAUUAGUAGAGAUGAAUGGAUGGAAGUUGCAAAGAAAGGGAAAAUUUCAAACCCAUUUGCAAAAUUGGAAUCUUUAUAUAUUCAGUAUCUUCCACAACUAACGAGCAUCUACCACAGUCCCCUUCCCUUCCAUUGCCUGAAAUACCUCAACGUAAGAGAGUGUCCAGGGCUGAAGAAGCUUCCACUCAACUCUGAUAGCGCUAGAGAACAUCGAACUGUCAUUGCCGGAAGCAAAGACUGGUUUGAUAAGUUGGAAUGGCACGACGAAGCCACACAAAAUGCUUUUCUUCCAGGUUCCCAAAUUCUGCAAGGAGGUCUCAGUGUACAGAUAGCAUAAGGAAGUGAUCCAGGUG